AUGCUCGAUCAAGCCUUCGAGUCGAUCACUGAUCCUUGGUCGAUACCCGAUAUCUUGUGCUUAGCGCUGUCUGCACCAUUGGUGUUACUAGCCUUCUUCGAGUCCUUCCUAUGGGUCGCAGCGUUCUGCUACUGCCUCGGAAAGGCAUAUCAAAAGGCGGAUCAUUGGUCACAACGCUUCAUGGCGGUCGUCAUGACGCUUUGCUUCGUAAUCGUCAGGGGCAUCUUUUUCCCGAUCAUGGUGGUGACCCUUCCGCUGCCUCAUCGCGUCACACAAUACUUCCCUGGCAAGAUGGCCCAUGUCUUUCAACAAUUCGCGUUCUACAGCUUUGCAGUCAUGCUGAUGGUGCCUUGGUUGUUUUGCGUCUAUCGAUCCUUCAUCCUGCCGCUCGGCCGUGACAAAAUGAUCAAGAGCCCACUGAACGAUCUAAAUGCUCCAAAGGUGGUGGUGGUGAUGCCGACAUACAAAGAACCCCCAGACUCAUUGUGGAAGGCUCUGAAUUCCGUGGUCAAGUGCGACUACCCGGCUAGCAGCAUCCACGUCUUUUUGUCUUUUGACGGUGACGAGGUUGAUGAGUUGUACUUGAAAACAAUUGAUCGACUAGGAAUUCCCAUCACAAUGGAGGACUUUCCCCAGUCCAUCGACGUUGCCUACAAUGGUGCUCGGGUCACCGUGUCUCGAUUCCCUCACGGUGGUAAACGACACUGCCAGAAGGCGACCUUUCUCCUCAUUGACAAGAUGUACAAACGUUAUCUGCUCCACAAGGACGACAUGUUCAUUUUGUUCAUCGACUCGGACUGUGUUUUGGACCCUUUCUGCAUACAGAACUUCAUGUACGAUAUGGAAUUGAGACCCGGAAACAAACGCAACAUGCUGGCAAUGACCGGGAUCAUCACGGCAUGCACAGAGAAGAACUCGCUGCUUACCAUUCUACAAGAUAUAGAGUACCUGCAUGGUCAACUGUUUGAGCGGUCGGUUGAAUCAGGCUGUGGUGCCGUGACUUGUCUUCCCGGGGCGCUGACCAUUCUCCGGUUCUCAGCAUUCCGGAACAUGGCCAAGUUCUACUUCUCCGACAAGGCAGAGGAAUGCGACGAUCUCUUCGACUAUGCAAAGACUCACCUUGGAGAGGAUCGCUGGCUAACACAUUUGUUCAUGCUGGGUGCAAAGAAACGCUAUCAGAUCCAGUUGAGCACGACCGCUUUCUGCAAGACCGAGGCAGUGCAGACGUACCGUUCUCUGCUUAAACAACGACGCCGAUGGUUUUUGGGGUUCAUCACCAAUGAAGUAUGCAUGUUGACCGACGUCCGACUUUGGAGACAGUAUCCUUGCCUUUGUGCACUACGGUUCAUGACCAUGACCAUAAGGACGACGGCGCUACUGAUGUUGAUCGAACUUGUGGCAGUGGCUACAACUUCCAGUCAGCUUAGUGAGUUGCCUUGGGAAUUCAUGUGCAUUUCUCUGGGCUUGAAUUGGCUUCUCACGUUCUACUGGGCAGUCAAGCUCCACCGUUGGAAGGCUAUUCUCUACCCACUCAUGUUCACUCUCAGCCCCUUUCUCAGUUGGAUCUAUAUGGUGUACGGCAUAUGCACGGCAGGGCAACGCACCUGGGGAGGCCCGAGGGCUGAUGCCGGCGCUGCGGAUGCCAAGGUGACUCCGCAAGCAGCCAUCGAACAUGCUAUUGCCACGGGAGAUGAUCUGAAUGUCGUGCCAGAGACUUUCAGGCCGGCCAUGGAGGUCCGAAAACGUCGUGUCCGACCUUCUCAGUUGCACCCAUCGUCGAGCGUCGAAGGACGCUUCACCUCAGCAGAACAGGAGGCGCUUCGGGUGGACGGGAAAGCUCUGAGAUCACCAAGUUCUUCGGAUGUUGACCUAGAGGCACGCACACGCCAAUUUGGCCACGAGUCUCUUGACAUGAGUGACUCGGAGGGCUUGUCGAUUCACACUCCGCAAAGAGUCAUCACUUCCUCCGGCGAUGAGGAAGAUUCUACGAAGGGGGCCCGUGGUAAACAAAGAGCAGUGAGUUACUCCAGCGAUGAGGAAUACAUGACGAAGAGACACAACAAUACACCGAUAGGCAACAAUUUGUCCAACGAUGAGGAACACAUUGCAAGGACAGGCCAUACUACACCAAGAGCGGGCAGUGGCUCCAGCGAUGACGAAUACUAUGCAAGGAGAGCCGCGUCUGGCCCGUACGGUACAUUUGGAAUCCCGGACGAGGAUGUAUACCGGCCAAGGGACUUUCGUUCGUCUUCUGAAAGUGUCAUCACCGUCAUUCCGCGCAGACCCAUUGUCAAUGGUGAGCCAAGCAGGAGAAGGUCAAGACGACGAAGAAGGUCCACGAGCUCAAGUGGAAGUGGAGCCAAUUCCGAAGAGCUAACCAGACGGCUGUCCCUGAUGUUGGCUCAACAAAGUCCAAGCGGAUCAGCUGUUCAUGCACAGCCCAGCAGCCCAUUGGGCCGAAACAGUCCAAUGACGGCGUUGCAAAAGGAUGAAGAUAUACCCCCACUCCAGGAACCAGAUGGCGGUGCCGGUUCGAAGAAGGCUAUUAAGACUCAGGCGGAACCAUGGUCGCCGAGAAAGUCUGGCCGCAGGAGGCGUCCAGGCUCGGUACACAUGGGAUGA